AGUUUCGUUGAAUUUUCGGGGGGUUUUGCUUUUGUCUAUGAAGCUCAAGAUCUUGGAAGUGGCAAAGAUUAUGCUUUAAAGCGACUGUUGUCUAAUGAAGAAGAAAAGAACAAAGCCAUCAUUCAGGAAGUUUGUUUUAUGAAAAAACUUUCAGGUCAUCCCAACAUUGUCCAGUUCUGCUCUGCAGCAUCUAUAGGAAAAGAAGAAUCAGACACGGGGCAGGGAGAGUUUCUUCUGCUUACAGAGCUGUGUAAAGGACAGCUGGUGGAAUUCCUAAAGAAGGUAGAAUCCAAAGGACCUAUCUCCUGUGACACAGUUUUGAAGAUCUUUUACCAGACCUGCAGAGCAGUGCAGCAUAUGCAUAAGCAGAAGCCUCCUAUUAUCCACAGAGAUUUAAAGGUGGAAAACUUGCUUAUUAGUAACCAAGGGACAAUUAAACUUUGUGACUUUGGUAGUGCUACAACUAUAGCUUACUAUCCUGACUACAACUGGUCUGCACAGAAGAGAUCACUGGUUGAAGAAGAGAUCACAAGGAAUACAACGCCAAUGUACAGAACACCAGAGAUGAUAGACUUGUAUUCAAAUUUUCCGAUUGGUGAAAAACAGGACAUUUGGGCUCUGGGCUGUGUCCUGUACUUGCUGUGCUUUAGGCAACAUCCAUUCGAAGAUGGAGCUAAACUUCGCAUAGUCAAUGGGAAAUAUGUCAUCCCACAAAAUGACACCCGCUAUUCUGUGUUUCAUGAUCUCAUUCGCUCCACUUUGAAGGUGAACCCAGAUGAGAGACUGUCAAUCACUGAACUUGUGAACCAGCUGCAGGAGAUUGCAGCAGCUAGGAAUGUCAAUCCUAAAUCCCCCAUCACAGAGCUCCUGGAGCAAAAUGGAGGCUAUGGAAACAAUGCUCAGCCUCGGACAUCUGUGACCUCUGUUUCACAGAGCUCCAAGCCCGUGGGACAACUCAACAACAUGUACAAUGCAGGCCUGACCGUUGCGGAAUGUGACCAGACUUAUGGAGGGUUCUUUGAUAUUCUGAGGGGUGGAACAGAGCGAUUUUUCACUAAUAUUAAGGAUACAUCUUCUAAAGUUAUCCAGUCUGUGGCCAAUUAUGCAAAAGGAGACUUGGAUAUAUCAUACAUCACUUCCAGAAUUGCUGUGAUGUCCUUUCCAGCUGAAGGUGUAGAAUCUGCCAUCAAAAAUAACAUAGAAGAUGUGCGGUUAUGUCUGGACUCUAAACAUCCUGGCCACUAUGCUGUGUACAAUCUCUCUCCAAGAACAUACAGGGCUUCAAGAUUCCAUAAUAGGGUUUCUGAAUGUGGCUGGCCAGCAAGACGAGCGCCAAAUCUUCAGAAUCUUUAUAGCAUAUGCAAGAACAUGCAUUUGUGGCUGAAACAAGACCAGAAAAAUGUUUGCAUUGUGCACUGCCUUGAUGGAAGAGCAGCGUCUGCUGUUGUAGUUUGUUCCUUUCUGUGCUUCUGUCGUCUCUUCACUACUGCUGAAGCUGCAGUUUAUAUGUUCAGUAUGAAACGCUGUCCACCUGGCAUUUGGCCUUCUCAUAAAAGAUACAUUGAAUACAUGUGUGACAUGAUGGCUGAAGAACCCAUUAUUCCUCACAGCAAGCCCAUCCUCAUCAGAUCAAUUGUCAUGACUCCUGUUCCACUUUUCAGUAAGCAGCGUAACGGCUGCAGGCCUUUUUGUGAAGUUUAUGUGGGAGAUGAGAGAGUAACCACUACAUCCCAGGAAUAUGACAAAAUGAAGGAGUUUAAAAUUGAAGAUGGGAAAGCAGUAAUUCCACUGGGUAUAACAGUCCAAGGAGAUGUUCUCAUUGUAAUCUAUCAUGCCAGGUCAACUCUAGGAGGGCGAUUACAAGCCAAGAUGGCUUCAAUGAAGAUGUUUCAGAUUCAGUUCCACACAGGUUUUGUGCCUCGAAAUGCCACUACAGUGAAAUUUGCCAAGUAUGAUCUGGAUGCCUGUGACAUACAAGAAAAGUAUCCUGAUUUAUUUCAAGUCAAUCUGGAAGUAGAGGUGGAGCCCAGAGAUAGGCCUAGCUGUGAACAGCCACCAUGGGAGAAUAUGAAUAUAAAGGGACUGAAUCCCAAGAUCCUCUUCUCCACCCGAGAGGAACAACAAGAGAUUUUAUCAAAAUUUGGGAAACCAGAGCUGCCUAGACAACCAGGUUCAACUGCACAAUAUGAAGCAGAAGCAUCCCAGCUGGAGCAGUCAUCAGAAAGUGCACCUACUGAUACAGAAUCCCCACACAGCAGUAGUACUGAUGCAAAUAACUUCUUUCACUCUCUGGACUGGAAAGAAGGAAAAACUCCAGAAAGUGGAAUAGAGGACAGUUCAUCUAAAAACGAUCAUGUUCAACUGUCUGAUGACAGGGAGGAGAGUGAUCCUUCAGAUGAGGAGUUCCCUACAUUUCCAGGUGAAGAAAGCACAGUAAUUGUUGAUGAAAAAGACUCUACUCCAGAAGGAGAGUUGCUUUUUGAAGCCAAUUUUGAAGCUCCAUCUGCAUCAUUACAAAAAUCUCUUCCUGAAGAGAGUGUGGACUUGCUGGGAUUAGACUCUGAUAUAUCACCAGAACAGAAACAACCUAUCUCGGAAAGAAACUCUUCAUCAAGUAAUGCAGACUUGUUGAACAAUCUCUUUGUGAGUAGCACAUCACAGGUUUCAGUAGAGCCCACUGGAGAUCUCCUUGGACAAGGAACAGAUUUCUUUUUCAGCAAUCAGCAUCCAGCUGCUACUCAGGGUACAUCUUCAGCAGCAGCCAUGUCUUCAGCUGAUCCUUUUGAUCCAUUCACAAUGUCAUCAAGUUCAGAGAAUCAAGCCCUGUCUGGUCCAGACCUCUUUGGGGACUUCCUUAAUCCAACAUCAACAUCUACAGCAAAUACAAUUCCUUCCACACAAAGUUCACUUCCACCUUCUUCCAGCUCAGAUUUCUUAAAUUUAGGGAAUUUGGCACCAGAGCCACCUAAAAUAUCAUCAUCUACAAGCCACCCGGAUCUCUUAAGCGGAUGGGAUUCUUGGGCAGAUUCCUCAACAAGCAGUAAUGUAGCGUCACCACAGCUGAAGCCUGUUAGUGAAGGUCAAGCUUUUACCACAGGGAGCCAGUCCAGUGUGUCUUCAGGUCUGUCUUUCAGCCAGGCGAAAUCUCAGAACUUAGAUCCUUUUGCUGAUCUUGCCAAUCUUGGAUCUGGUCUUCCAGGUUCCUCCAGUGGUGGACUCUUGGGUAGUGGAUUUAGUCAGAAGACUGCUCCAUCUCAGAAGCUGGGAAAUCAGUGGCAGAAAUCCCCAAAACCACCAAGUACUUCAUGGCAGUCUCAGACUAAAUCCAGCACAGCACCUAAGCCCAACUACACAGUAAACUUCAGUGUUAUUGGAGGACGAGAAGAAAGAGGAGUCAGAACCCCAAGCUUCGGUCAAAAGCCAAAAGUUUCAGAAAAUGACUUUGAGGAUCUCUUAUCUAAUCAAGGAUUUUCAGCGAAAUCUGAUAAAAAGGGACCAAAGACUAUUGCUGAGAUGAGAAAACAAGAAAUGUCUAAAGAUAUGGACCCCUUGAAGCUCAAGAUUCUUGAAUGGAUUGAAGGAAAGGAGAGAAAUAUCAGAGCAUUAAUAUCCACUCUUCAUACAGUGCUUUGGGAAGGGGAAACUAAGUGGAAACCAGUCAGCAUGGCAGAUUUAGUAACUCCUGAACAAGUAAAGAAGUACUACAGGAAAGCAGUCCUUGUAGUUCAUCCAGAUAAGGCCACGGGACAGCCUUAUGAGCAGUAUGCCAAAAUGAUCUUCAUGGAGUUGAACGACGCGUGGUCAGAGUUUGAAAACCAGGGAUCGAAGUCCCUUUUCUAAAACUUCACCUCUCACAGAACUGCUUCCAGAAACUGGAGCUGAGCAUUGUUGUGACUUUAUUGCGCCUAUGGUUUAUGAAGCGCUUUUUCCAUGAUUUCAGCGCAGUUUCUAGUCAUGCACUUAAACGUGGGGAUGUAUUUUGUAAGAUGUAGAGUACAAAGCAUUACAUAGAUCCACUAAGAAAAAAGCUGCUCAGUACCUGUAGAAAUCACAGUCUGGGAGUAAAGAUUUCUCUUCAGUUUUAUAUAUGAGAAAUAGAGUUUUAAUGAAGCUAAAUAAUUUCUGGUAUAUUAGGAUGAAUUAUAAACCAUUCCAACUUCAUUGAUCUUUGCUGUACCUCUACCUUCCCAAACUUGUCUGUUCCUUCAAGUAGUUUUGUGAUUCAACUUUGAUAUUUGGUGCCUGUCGCCUUCUUCAAAGUGCUGUAGUUAGCAGCAGUGAAUUUGCUUGGCUUAUCUCAAACCUAAGGGUGUAUAUUUUCAUCUCUAUUUUAUGUAAUCAAUCUGAUAAUCAUUCUGUAAAUAAUGUUUUCUGGCAAUACCUGUGUUCCUUACAACAAAGUAACAGUUGUUUAGCCAAAAAGACCUCAGAUGUGGGGAAAUCAGACAGGGUUGUUCUUGAUUUUUACUUUUUUUUUUGUUGUUGUUGUUGUUUUUUUACAUAUCAUGAAUCUAGAAACAAAUUUUGACUUUAAGGUCUGCAUGUUCCUGCUGUUUUAUUAUUUAUUAUAAGGUGGUAAUCUGACCUGUGCGUAUUUUCCUGGUUCUUUAAAUGGUGUCUCUUGCUUCUGAUUUCAUGGAACGUUCCUUUCGUUGCACUUCAGAUACUCUGAUAGAGAUAAUUUUAUUCUGAAACUUGAAGUGUAAGCUCAAAUGUUUUACUGUGCUUUGAGUUGUCUGAGUGAGUAUUACAUUACUCAUUGUCAUCUGGAGAGCAUUUAAAGUGCUUUAACACGUUUUGCUGCAUGUCUGAACUUCUGUGUUUUUGAGAUAGGCAUGGCAUCCGUGUAUGUGAAAACAUGGGGUAUAUUUGUUGCAUUUCUGCUCACCUACCUUCCAUGCACUGCUUAGUGCAAGAUGAGUAGAAACACAACUUGGUAACAAAACUUGCCCUGUUUUCUCAUCCCUGUUCAGAAGGCACUUCUGCACUAGUGCUGGGGUGGAUGAAUGCAAAUGACCAAUGACUGUUAUACUCUGUGUAAUAAAAAGUGCAGUUUUCAUAUCAAGUUUGAAAAUAUUGAAAAUUAGUGUUGGAGCAUUAAAUCCUUGCAGCAGUCUCUUGAUUCAGUACAGUUGGGCAUUCAAGGGGAUAUUUUGACCAUCUUGCCUUUUUAUAUGAGAGGGAGACUGUAUCAUUAUCAGAGGUAACUGUUCUGCUGAGUAAUAUCUGAACAGAAAACACGAGAUUUUAAUGUCACCUAAACAGUGUGUGGGAUGAGAUUUUCCACUUCCACACCAGCCCAAGAGCUGAUGGGUUAGAGAUGUGUGAACCCAGGUUGCAAUUUAUGGUCUCUAAGCUCUGAUCCAACACAGUUACUUAUUAACCUCUGGUCAAGGGGUUUGUGUAUAUUUGCAUAUAUAUUCAGCUGCUGUGAUUUUUUUUAAAUUUUUUUUAAAGAUGAAGCUAGGAUUAGUUAUGGAUCAAAAAGUUUGUAUAUUAUUCAUAGCUGCAGUUGUAUUUCAGUUCCUGCUUUGAAGCAGUCUUAAGUCUCAGUAGAUUUCUUCAUUAAAGGAUAGAACUUACUGUCUGAUUUAAAGUAAGAGUUAAUCUUUUUUCCUUGGGACAAUUCAUUAGCUCUUUGUGUAUGUGUUUUGCAUCCAUGGAAAUUAAAGGCUUCUGGUGGUAGGAUAGGUUUGUGGGAGACCUGCGCGGCUCUUUACAGUUCUAGGACAAAUGCUAUCUAAUAAUAGGUUUAAAAAAACAUAUACAAAUAUAUAAUGUCUUUGACUGCAGUCCUAAAUACAGUUGAGAGAGAAAGCAUUUCUGAGGGAGCUGCUUUGAGUAAGGAAGGACUUAAAAAAACCCCAUGUUUGCACAUACAGGAGGCUUAAUUUUGAGGCACACAUUUUUAAUUGCUCUUUUCUUGAAAUAGGUGUUUAAAAAGUUAAAACCUGAGAACUGGGAGGAAAAUACCUUUUCUGGAUGAUGUCUACAUUAAUCUGCUUUUAUUUCUCUACUCUUGCUAGCAAAAUUUUCCUCAGAGAAGAACCUUAGAUGUGAUUUUAAGCGAGCAGGGAAGCAUGAAUGGUCUUAUCUAGAACUGAAGAUCUCUUGAAAUUGAUCCUCUCUUUUUAAGAUUACGGAAAAUCAUGAACUUUGGUUCUUGCAAGAGCUGUUUGAUAAUUACCAAACUUUCAGUUGGGUUGACAGAGCAGCUUAACUUACUGAGCUCAACUCAACAGAGAUGGCUUAGUCAUCUCUGGUUCUCAGUGGGGGAACGGGCUGAUUUGCUCUGUCCUGCUCCUUUCUGUGUAGUUGAAUUUUGCUGCUAAGAUUCUGGGAGAUGCUCAGUUUGAUAAGCCUUUGAAUCCUGAUAUUGAAACUAUUUCAGACAGGUUUGGGUUUUUUUUCUCUUUUAGGUGACUGUCAUUUAGCUGUGUUGCAUACAAGAAUGCAAAAAAUGGGGAUUUCAGUAAGGCUCUGUAAGCAAACUAUAAGUUGAAAAUUAAAAAGAAAAAAAUAAAAAUUCAAAUGAUGACUAUGAACAUAAUAAACUGAAGUUUUGUUUUCUGUGGAACACAAAGCAGCAUGAGGACCACUAAAGGUGUUUCUUAGCGUUAGGCUUAUAUAUAGAAUUUUUUAGUUACAGGAACCUGGAAAAGGGAAAUCAGAGUACAUUUCGUAUAAACAUAUAUGAAGUCUUAAUGUUGCUUUUAAAGGAGAGGGUCAUUUGGAAGAAAAGUCUAGCAAUUCUGUUUGAAUUAAUCUUAAAACAGCAAUAAAAAAUGGUAGAAAAUCUGGGAAUAAGAGCUUUUCAAUCUUUUGCAUACUCUGUACUUUGUUGUUUAUUGUCUGUCUGCUGUUUGGAAUAGGACUGCACUGAAAUGAUUACAAACACAUUUCACUGUGGCCAUAUUCUUAGUGUCCACAACCUGAAAGGCUUUUAGAACAGGCUACAGAAAAAAUGGUUCAUCAGAGACUUGGCUGGAUUCUCUCUUUGCUUAAAAUGUGUAUUUUCAAUUCAUGCUUAUUAUUCAUUGCGCAGUUGAGUUCUGAAGUGUUGAAGCCGUGCCCUGAAAGCUGAAAUUUUUAUAUCUGCAUCUGCCAGCAGCAAAGUUUGAGACUGAGGUGACUGAGUUGUGCCGGUGGGUUAAUACCUGAGCCUGCCAGGCUUCGCACACGGCACUUGAAAUGCUGCGGUGAAGAAACCUCCUUGUCUCUUCCAGCAAAUCGUGGUGCCUUCUCACCCACGCUGGUCACUCCUCUCUCUGGUAGCAACCACUGACUAAUGCCAUGCAUCUGUUGCAGCCUACCAGGGUCCAGUUUUUAAAAAAUGAGUAGGUUGACAUGGUUAUUGCAACAACAAAGAAAAACAAAGCAACAGAGAUUAAAGGAAGAGUAGGGAAGAACAGCCAGGCUCUAAACUACAUCUGAAAUACUGUUUUCUAAUUCUCUCUUCAUUGACCUACUCCUACCUACCUCUGCUAAAGACAGGUCUAGAUUAGUAGAGAAAACCUGUUUUGUAGCCUGCUUUUCCAGCUGUUUUAGAGUGCUGCUGACUGACUGUAGCAUGUGGCAGUAGCAAGUCUGGCUUUCCUUUUUUUUUUUUUCCUCAGAAGUUUCUAUAAAGCAACGUUUCUAAAAUGAUAGGGCAGGUUUCCACUAGUUCUUUUUUUAAUUAAAUUGCUCGUUACAUUGCUGUUAGAUCUGGAGAGUCAGGCAUAACUUUUUAAAAUAGAGAUCUGUGAAGAAAAAUUGGUGUUAAGAGUGUGCGUGACUGGAACCUGCCUAAUGGAGGUGAGUGAUGUAUUUUGACCAUGUUGGAGGAAGUCAUUUGGUGUCUUCAACCUUGGCAUGCCUGUUUGGUGUUUCCUAGUGCUGUCAGAGUUCCUUAAGAGCAGUGAAGAGUGUUAGUGGUCAGUUAGACAUAAAGCCUGGAAGGAAAAGGUCCUCUGCACUUAGUUGGGUCAAGUUCAGAUAUUUUGUGGAUCAGUGGUAGUUUCCUUCAGCAAAAACAUGGAAAACCUACAACAGUGCCGAUGGAGUACAUUUCCUUGGAACAAUGGCAAGGUCCUUGGUGUUGCACUUGUGAGGGUAACUAGUGCUCAAAAAAAUGCCUUGUUUACCUCCAUUUUCUUGAUAAUUCGAGAGAGUUCCUCCAAUGUCUUGCCAAGCACAGAGCAAUAGUUCCUUUCUGAAUGCAGGCUACAUCUCAAAGCUUGCAUUGGCACAAGAAGAGUAUUCUGCACAAACCAAAGCAGAGUUUGAGUGCAGCUGAAAUCUCAUCUGCCCUCUGGGACUGCUGGGUUACAUGCACCAUCCCACCUCCCAAGGCCAGACCAGUUUCCCCAGCAGUGCCAGUGUGUUUGCAUAGUAGUUGGCCACUGCAUUCUCUGCUGUUCACAGGAUCGUUUCAGGGAUGGGAUAAAUGUGGGAACUUUGUUGCCCCUUAGCUGUGUCCUUAAUUGUCUUAACAAUUGCAAUGUAACGUCUGCUCUGUAAAGAAGUUCAAAUUAACCUUGUAUGAGUCAUUUGACAUUUUCUGUCAGGAACUUCCAGGCGAUUGACCUGCGAAGCUGUGAAAGGAAUGUAUCAUUUCCCACCCUUCAAGUCUGUCCCUGGUGCAGAGCAGUUCAAGCUACUAGUGACAGGGAGCUGAGCUGUGCUUCUGCCCUUGAUCAAUCUUGCAAUGCUUGCUUGCUCGCUCUCUGUUUGGGUGAGCUUGCUGUGGGCUGCAGUUUAGACUUCAUUAAGCUUCCAACAUACACUCCAAAAACACAAAUUCAGUUAUUUUUUAUGAAGGAUACAUGUUGUCAUAGAAGCUUUUAUUACCAAAAGGGGAUUAAGAGGCAUCGUGAGAACUCCCAAAACUCUUUAGUGGAAUGUACUGUAUAUUUGCAACGUAGAUUUCUAGAAGUGAUUGUCUUCUCUGAUAAGGUCUUAGCUUGCUCUGAGAUCCUUAUUGUAUUUAUCUGUAGUUGUGAUUGUACUUUCUAUACUUGUGGUUUUUUUCUGGUUUGGGGUGUGUGGAAGGACAGAACAGACACUCCAGUCCUUUUUCUUUUGCUAUCUUUCAUGAAAUGCAAUUGUAUUGUGUAAUUUUGCUACUAGUGAAAUGAAAAUUAUACCUGUAUGUAUAUAAAGGUAAUAUAGUCAAAUUAAGCCUUGUUUAAAAGUAGAUUUAAUGUUUGGUUACAAUGUCCUUGAACAGAAUAUUUUGCUUUGAAAUGUAUUACAACCUAACCAGUGAUCAAUUAAAACAAGCAAAAUGA